UUCAGCCGCGCUCACCGCAUCGGCCAGGCCAACAAGGUGAUGAUCUACCGGUUCGUGACGCGCGCGUCGGUGGAGGAGCGCAUCACGCAGGUGGCCAAGCGCAAGAUGAUGCUCACGCACCUCGUGGUGCGCCCGGGGCUGGGCUCCAAGGCCGGCUCCAUGUCCAAGCAGGAGCUCGAUGACAUCCUCAAGUUCGGCACCGAGGAGCUCUUCAAGGAUGAGAAUGAGGGGGACAACAAGGAGGAGGACAGCAGCGUCAUCCACUACGACAACGAGGCCAUCGCGCGGCUCCUGGACCGCAACCAGGACGCCACCGAUGACGCCGACGUGCAGAACAUGAACGAGUAUCUCAGCUCCUUCAAGGUGGCCCAGUACGUGGUGCGGGAGGAGGACAAGAUCGAGGAGAUCGAGCGGGAGAUCAUCAAGCAGGAGGAGAACGUGGACCCCGACUACUGGGAGAAGCUGCUGCGGCACCACUAUGAGCAGCAGCAGGAGGACCUGGCCCGGAACCUGGGCAAGGGCAAGCGCGUGCGCAAGCAGGUCAACUACAACGAUGCGGCCCAGGAGGACCAAG